AAAAUAGCUUUUUUUCAUAGUGAGGACUACUCAGAGGGUGAAUGUGUUAUCAUCCAUGAAAUUUAUGAUUCUGAGGAUGCACAUGAACAGUUUGAAGCAGAUUUGGAACGAGCAUUGGAAAAUCAAUGCAAGAUGAUCGCCAUUGAGCCAACGGCAAUCGGAGAAGAGACAGCUAGGUGGAUCCAAGUAGGAAAUUGUUUACACAAGACCGCUGUUAUUGCUGGACUUGGUUGUUUUGUUAGCCCAUGGGUUUUGCCCAAAGCUCUUAAAGAACCCAUCAGCUUGGUCUGUGGUGGAAUUAGCUUCUUCUGUGCUGCUUUGUAUGGAGUCUCAUGGCAGUUUGAUCCAUGCUGCAAAUAUCAAGUUGAACAUGACACUAAGAAGUUGGCAAAAUUGCCACUUGGAAGCCUCACAUCCUCAUCGCCAAUUGUUCUUGUCAGAAAAGAUGAUAAAUAUCGCAAAAGACUUCAGAACUUGGUAGCUGGCUCAGCUUUCAUUUACUGCAGCUGGAAGGUUUAUGUGUGGUAUUUUGAUUGA